AUGGGCAACGCAGGGGAUGUACGGCUUAACCAAGAAGAUAACGGCUCUAUGUUGCCGACCUGGGGCGAGGUGGACCAAGUUGCGGCUCGGCUGAUGGCACCGAUCGUCGGAGCAAAACCACACGAGGUGUCGGUGAUGGGGAGCCUCACGGCCAACUUGCAUAUUCUCAUGGCCAGCUUCUACCGACCAAUCGGUGAACGGUCCAAGGUGAUACUGGAGCGUGAUACAUUUUCUAGCGAUUACUACGCUGUCCAGUCGCAGAUCCAGUGGCACGGGCUCGAAAUGGAUAAUAUGGUUCUUAUCGAUCUCAUAUCUGAUGAUACGUUGGCUCUAUCCACCGCCAGAAUCCUUGCUAUAACCAGUGAACAUGCAUCUACAACCGCCUUAAUCAUCCUAUCUGGCGUCCAAUACCUCACCGGCCAGGUCCUGGACAUGAAACAGAUCACCUCUCAUGCCCAUUCCAAAGGCAUCAUGAUUGGAUGGGAUUUAGCUCAUGCGGUGGGUAAUGUCGAGCUCCACCUACAUGACUGGCUGGUCGAUUUCGCUGUCUGGUGCAAUUACAAGUACAUGAACGCCGGCCUGGGAGCCAUUGGCAGCAUCUUCGUGCAUGAGAGGCACGGUGAAGUAGAUCGUACAAAGAGAAUGGAGGGAUAUCGUCCCCGGCUGGCAGGCUGGUGGGGCAACGACGUGAGUACCUUUGCCCCAAGUACUGGAGGUGCGGGAUACCAAUUAUCUAAUGCAUCAGUGCUGGAUAUUGUUGCACUGACCGCAUCUUUGGAAGUCUUCAAUCAGACUGAUAUGCUGGAGUUUCUGCUGGGCAACAUCGAUCGUCGCCCUUUCAAAAUCAUUACCAGUUCCAUCCCGAUGGAACGUGACUGCCAAUUGACUUUGCGCUUCGACGAUCAACACUUGUUGGAUCGCAUAAUGAUGCGAUUGAAAGACAAGGGGUUUGUAGUGGCCCAAAAGGAGCAAAUGAUGCAAGUGGCUCCUGUCCCCCUGUACAACACCUUCACCGAGGUCUGGGAGUUUGUAGACGAGUUACGCCGUGCUCUAGCAUCCUGCAGGAGUGUCGCUUAA